AUGGAUCCGCAACCAUCAGUGUCUCUCAAAAUAAGACCCAACAGAACUCAACACUUUACAUCAACGUCUCUCUCACUAAGCUGUGAGGAGAAGAGGAACUCUACUGGAUGGAGACUGAAGAGAUACAGAGAGAAAGCAGUGGAGUCAGGGUUUGUCUCUAACUGGGGAUCAAGAGCAGGGUCCACAUGUACCAUCAGAUCGACACGUAAAAAGGACAGUGGAGUGUACUGGUGUGAGUCUGGAUCAGGAGAGUACAGUAAUGCUGUCAACAUUACAGUGGCUGUUGGCCCUCUGAUCCUGGAGAGCCCUCCCUAUCCCAUAACUGAGGGAGAGUCUGUGACUCUCAGCUGUAAAAAUAGAUAUCAGGAAACAAACCCGAACCCCAAGGUUGAUUUCUACAAAGAUGGAGUUCUCAUCAGGAAUGAGACCACAGGAGAGAUGACCAUCCCUGUAGUUUCCAAGUCAGAUGAAGGCUCCUACAAGUGUAAAUCUAAUGAAGGAGAAUCACCAGAGAGCUGGGUGACAGUGAGAGGUGAAAAAACUAUUACAAUCACAUGA